AUGCGCCUUUCAGUGUCCUGCGAUGGCUGCCGUCCUCCAUUACCUCCUGAAGCACAACCGGACCAUCCGUCGCCAUGGUGCGCUGAGCAUCCCAUCGAGGCUUUGCCCUCAUCCACCAUCAUUGCGGCGUGCGAGACCUACCGCAAGAAAUUCCCCGUCGCCAAUUUCCUCCACUAUCCGUCUCUGAUUGCAGAUUUAUCGUCAAAUCCUGCGUCAGUUGAUCCGGUCUUCGUUGCUGCUCUUUUGUCAUUAUGUGUGAGGUUCAUGCCCGAUCAAAGACUGGAAGCAGCCGAAAUAUAUGCCGAAUAUGCUCGCAAACAGCUUGCGCAUCGCGCGUUCGAGGCCCCGUCGCUCUAUCUUGCGCAGUCUUUGGUGAUGAUCACCUUUUACGAAUGGGGGUCCGGUCGUCCCUACAAGGCCUGGAUGUACAGUGGUAUGGCAACGUACAUGAUCCAGUCCCUCCUCAAGACGGCCGACGACAGCAUGGAGCAUAAUCCUCAGGACUUCCACGCAAGCCAAACUCAGUACGAGCAGCUGGUCCGCACGUACUGGUGCUGUUUUGCGCAAGACUGCGAGCUGAGUUCCGGAGCGCGCCAGCAUUUCGCCCUUUCCUUUCGACAGAUCUCUGUUCCGUUGCCCACCAGUGACCGGGACUUCAACUUUGGUCGGCUUUCAUCGCAUCGCUUGAUGCCGUCGGAUAUGAGCAAGCACUCACCGUUGUCAAGGAAUCUGACCAUCGACUAUGGACUGACGAUCGUCACCCGAGGAUUCGAUAUCUUCGUGCGGAUUCUGCGGUUCGCGAACGAGAGUCGGCGCGGCCGGACAUUGACCUUUCCUCAGGAUCCUUCAUCGCCGCGAGUGGUCUGGCAGCGCUUGAAGGAGGAGCUGGACGAGUGGAGGUUUUUGCAGGAUGUGACGGUGCGAUACCCGGCCACCAGUGCGCAGGCGCAUGUUGCGUUGGGAUACGGCGAACUGUUCGCGUACAUUAAUCUGGUCUAUUUCAUGAGUAUUCUCUUUCUGUAUCGAGACCAGUUCCUGUCCAGUCUCAAGCCUCACUCCGACUUGCUACAUGAUCUACAGGGCUCGAGCAAUGUAGACGAAUCACAGGCUAUCCGGCAACUCUUCGAAGCAGCACAGAAUAUCGGCGGCAUCCUUUCCGCCCUCGAAGUCUCUGGAGCACCGGUAAUCACACCAUACUCUGGAUUCAGUAUUUUCGUCGCGGCUCAUAUCAACAUGUACGGGACCGUGUGUCCGCAGCGAUAUCCCGGGGGAAUCGAGCGAGCGGAGGAGGAGAAAAAAGCCAACCUCUCAUAUCUCGAACGACUGAGCAGAUACUGGCCUGUUGGACACAAUUGGUGGCGAACCGUCCAGGAAGCCAACAGGUUCUACGAAAUAGCCAGAAACAAUCAGACGCACGUUCGUGAAGAAGCGGGCCAUCUCACGAUCGCGGGGACCUUGGACGAAUACGGUGAUAUUCGAAGUGUACAUCCGCGCCAGGAACUGUCUCAACAAAUGUUGCAGGGGGGAGUAGAGACAAGGGGUCGGAAUAAUCAUCAAGCCUUGGGGAGUGAUGGUCGUCAUCAUGGGACAGAAUCGAGGGAUGCAGUGCCCUUAAGUGAAUCUCACGAGCUAGAGGUGGAAAUGCUCCAGUGGCCAUUCAUUGAUGAAUCAUGGUCGCUGGGCUUUGACACUGGGUUUGAUGCUGCGUGGCCAUCCUUGGGAGCUAGUUCAUAG